AUCUGCGCCUGCCUACCAGGCAACAUGUGCAUGCGCUCGGCGGGGAUGGGUCGCAUAGUCGGCAGGAGCAGAUCCAGGUUCCAGACCAGAAUCGUGUGAAUUGUUUGCCCGCCUCGUUGGUAGCACUGUUCACAGGUGGGCGGAGUGGUGGCGGGCGCGGGCGUAGCUCGAUAAUACAGUAUUCGUACGGCGCACAACAGCCACCAUCGUAGGCCACAGGCCCUGCAGCGCUAGAGCACUUCCAGCUAAAGAGCCGCCGCCAACAACAACAGGUUUUGUGUGCGUCGGAGACGCGGUUUAGGCGCAGCGGUGAGGCAAAGUGAGCAGUCACCGGUUAGGUCGUGUGGCGGACCAACCUCCGGCGCGAUGCAGAGAGGGGGAGACUAAGCCUGCGUAUGGAGAUGGCGCAGCCAUCGAGCCGGCCGCCUCGGACGGUGACCGCGACGAGCGAGACGUCCGUGGACGGACUCGGCCAACAUGGGGCGGAGACAUGCCCGCUGUGCGAGCUUCCCGAUGUGCCCUUCCUGCACAUCUUCUCUUACCUGCGGAACGAGGACGGCGAGAGCCUCUUCGCCGUCGCACAGGCCUGCCCGCGGGUGUCUGCGUUUCCGUCCUUGUGGGACGGGAAAAAAGUCAACCUGGGCACUUCGCCGCGUUACUUCAAGACCUCCAUCGAAAACCUCCUGAAAGCACUCCGGGCUGCUAGGCGCGUCUCCUUUUUUCUGUCCGAGUCGAUGUGGUCGAUGUCGAAUAUCGAGCAGGAGCGGGAGGACGAGCGCAGCCGGGGAGGAGAGGAACUAUCCAAAGACACUCAUUGUUACCCUCUGGCUCACGUAGACGAGGUCAUACAAGCUCGAAGCUUAGCCCUGCUACGAGUUGCGCCACCCGUUGACACGUUGGUGUUGAGUAAUUUGUGUCAAGAGAGUACUAGUAUCCUUAGAACCUAUACUUAUUUUGAGACAUACGCGGAGUUCAGAAGCUACAGUUCUUCUGGCUUCCUCCGGCUGUUCUUUAACCACCCGAUGGACAUCGCCAGCCUCAUUGAAAAGAUCGGUCCAACGCUGAAGCACCUCAAAAGUACAGUGGCCGUGCCCUUAGCCUCUCUGGACCACGCUCAGAACUUAGAGACUCUGGAUCUGAAUGUAGCUUCGAUACGCGUGGAAGCUUGGCCGCAGCCGAAAUACACUAUAACCAGCUUGCUCGCAGUCGCUUCGCUUUCCCUGCCUAGGCUGCACACCGUGCGACUAGGCUACGACACGGACACGGCCUCUCUCGACCUCGAUGAGGCCCUCCACUCUGCCGAGCUGCUGCUGCUGGCCCUGUUCGCACACUGCGACCAGGUGCGCUGCGUGGCGCUGUGCUCGCCCGACGUGAUGCCGCUCCUGGACGCCUGUCCAGCUGACCUCCAGCGGUUAUCUAUCUGCUGGCCAGCCCCGGGCUUGGCCGCGAGACUCGGGCGCAUGCAGGGCCUGAAGGACCUCACUAUCAAACUGGACGAUGAUGAGGAUGAUGAGUUGGAGUCCCUGCUGCGGGCGUGCUCCGGGCCGCUGGAGCGCCUCGAGCUAGUCGGGAUGUGCCGAGGCGAGACCGUGCGCGCCGUCCGGGCGGCUGGGCUCACCAGCCUCACCAGCCUCGUUCUUAGUAGCUGGGACCCCCCAGACCUGCGUCACGUCGCGCUGGCCCUCUCCGGUCUGCCCAGGCUGCGCCUUCUCGACCUGGAGAACUUCUCGCUCUCACCCGAGGUGGUGCGGGAUGUCGUCCUCGCCGCCAUCGCCACCCUCGAGCUCCUCAUCAUAGACGACACCCGAGAGCCGGAGCUGGUGACGGCAGUCAAGGAGCUGGUGACGGUAGUCAAGGAGCUCCACGUCGGGCUGCGGCUGUUUGUCCGCGACAACGCAUACACGCUGUUCUUCCGGCACUCCGCCGCCGAGUCCGAGUGCGCGCUGUGCGCCGAGUUCGCCGCAACUGUGGGCUCCAAAGGAGACGAGCGCUCUGCGCGAAUCGAGAAAUGUGACGUGGCCGAGUAGGCUCCUUGUAACCCAGAAAGAAAUAAGUGCUUCAAAUGUUUAUUGUUUUUACCGAAUAAAGUUAAUUUGAGAACAUUCAUAA